AUGGUACAAGCUGUGGGAGAUCAACGGCGACCCGGUCCGGGAACCAUGGUCCGGGAAGCAUGGUACAAGCUGUGGGAGAUCAACGGCGAUCCGGUCCGCUUCAUCUUCCUGCGCUCCUUCCACCAGCGCAUCCUCAAGCGCUUUCCAGGAACCUUCCAGCAGGUGCUAGACCUGGUAACCAUGGCGAUCAGCGCUCAGGCCGACAUGUUCCAUGGCUCCUUCGGGUCUCUCUUCUCCCUUCAGACCAUGCGCCUGCGCUAUGCCUUCAGCACAGCUUCAUGCAAAGACACCGCCCUGGGGGAUGAUUUCCUCUUGCCUGUUGAUACCUCCGCUGAUGUUGGCUGGCGGGUGCUCCUAGAUCUCCAGGACAACGGCUUAUAA